GUGUUUAUAUGUCAGUGUUUCUAAUGGAUUAUCAUUUCUCUCUCAGGCUGGCUGGGUGUAAUCUAUCAGAUAAAAGCUGUGCAGAUCUGGCCUCAGUUCUCAGCUCAAACUCCUCAACUCUGAGAGAACUGGACCUGGGUGUUAAUGAACUGCAGGAUUCAGGAGUGAAGCUGCUCUCUGCUGGACUGAAGAAUCCACACUGUAAACUGGAGACACUGAAGCUGAUGAACUGCAGUAUUACAGGAGAAGGCUGUGCUGCUUUAGCUUCAGCUCUGAAAUCAAACCCCUCACACCUGAGAGAGCUGCAUCUGAUCUCCAAUAAUCCAGGAGAGUCAGGAAAGAAGCUGCUCUCUGAUCUACAGAAGGAUCCUCACUUUAAACUGGAGAAACUAUACUUCUGAAAACCUGACCUGCUCUUAUUGGCCAAUCUGGGCUCUUCAUCAGCUCUUCAUUCAGCACUUCUGUGGAGUUUAGAAGCUUCCAAAAUGUUCAUAUGAGCUGAAGUGAGAUCCGGCUGUUCAGCAGCUGGAAUAGCUGAACUAAACAGUAACAGAUCAUUAUCAGAACAGCUCUAAUCUUCUUAUCAGAGUGGAAAUAGAACCUUGUUGAUUUCUAUAUUGUGGAGUUUAGUAGGAAAGUGGGAGUCUUGUCUGUCAAAAACUGAAAUUUUCACAGAUGAUAUUUUGGUUCCAGAAGAUUCUUAAUUCCUACUGAAAGUCAGUGAGAGGUAGAGCAGCAUUUUCAGACUCUUGGGUAAAUACCCCGAGCUCUAAAUCAUUGGCUGUGCUAAAAUGUGGUGUGGAAUCUGGUUUAGAGAGAUCUGAAUCUACACAUACAGUAUAGUACACUUUUAUAUUCUGUAUAGCAGGCAGAGCAGUGAGGGUUAACCAGUCGACAGUGAUCAGUUCAGCACUGUCUUUUACUUUUAUCAUGUUGUUUAAAUCAAUUAGAAAUGUGUGGAAACCUUCAUAAACUGUAUAAACUCUAUCCAAACUCAUUAUUUUAACUUUUACAGAGCCUUAAAAUGUGUUUUGUUUCCUUUUAAGCACUUCUAACCAGAAACAGGAGCUGGAAAUUUUCUAUAUACAUUAAAUAACUUGUAUUUUGUUUAACAGUGUUUAUCUGCAUUUUCCCUGUAAAAUAAGUAAAUAAAUACAUAUAUAAAUGAAA